UCUUUUAUUUUAUUAUGAUCAUUUUUUUUAUAAUGUUGCAAGAAAUAAAAUAUAAAUGGUAUACAUCCAGUAUUAAUGCGAUGUUGGGGUGAGCGCCCUUUGAGUCGAAGUCGGCAGGAGUUAGAAAUUCCUCGGGUUUGGGAAUCUGCGUUUCCAUGGGAAUGGUGUUGAAUCCAGCAGCAUCCCAUUCUAAUAAUGCUUCAAAAAUGUCCUCUAGACCGUCAGAUGGGGCGCUAUCUGAUUAGCCAGAGGAGCUGGUUCUUCGUGUCAAUCUCUCUACCCCCCCCCCCUUACUGGCUCGCUCGCUUCAUUGGCAUAGGUGAGCACUAGAGACAGCGCUGUUGCCUCUGUAGAAGAGCUGUAGCGGCAGUAGCAUCAUCAAAGACAACUACCCUGGUCUGACGCCCAGCUCUCCUUUCUUUUCGCCUUUCAAUUCCAUCGCUGUCACAGGAGAGAGGGGAGUGAAAGAGAGUGAGAGGAAAAGAGAGGACGGGAGAGAGGGAAAUGGUGUAAAGAACCCCGCAUCAUUCCAGCUGGCUGCGUCUGGAACAGUGGCGCGUGGAGAAUGGGAUUGGGCUGGCUCGCCCAGUCACCGGAGCACCAGCGCCUUUUCAACGGACUCUCGCUCAGACCCUUUUCUCUCGCAGCCGAGUCUGCCCGCCUCACAGCGCCUUCGCCCCGGCUGGAGAUAACCUAAAGGAGACAUAAGGCCUGCUGCAGGAACUCCAGCUCUGUUUGUUCAUCAGAGUGAUUCACUGUUCCCGUUAACAAGAGAAAGUGAUUGCUCUCUGUGCUGACAGCAAACGUGCACCACUCCACACUCUCUGACAUGGUCACAUGACUGUAGGCUCUACAGCAGCAAGCCAAUCGCCUGCCUUGGGCUGGGUCUGUGACCAAUCAGAACCUUGAAUCAGAUUAUUCAGUCAUUUAGACACCUGCUACCCGAAACCCAAACACAGACACGGGCGCAGACACAGCCACACCCACAUAUGGGCAGACACACAUACACCUACACACUUAAAUGCACACAUGCUCCUAACUCGCCAUGAAUCUGACAGUGAAGUUGAGGCGAAACCUGCGGCGGCUGGUGAUCCUGCUGGCCACCUUCUGUGUGGUCAGUGUUCUGGUGUCGGCGUAUUACCUCUACACGGGAUCCGCCCAGGAGCUAGAGCUCACAGAUCGGGCCUCAGGACCCGACUGCUCAGAUCCACAUGCCCUCCCCUACCGCCAGGCAGAGCCACGGACACCUAAGCCCAUUGACACCAGCCGCAAGGACCUGGUGGUGCUGGUGUUUGUCGAGAGCCAGUACUCCCAGUUAGGACAGGACAUCAUUGCCAUCCUUGAGUCCAACCAGUUCCAGUACCACUCUGAGAUUGCCCCAGGCAAGGGGGACAUCCCCCCGCUCACACACAAGGGCCGUGGACGCUACGCACUGAUCAUCUACGAGAACCUGCUUAAGUACGCCAACAUGGAUGCUUGGAACCGGGACCUGCUGGACAAGUACUGCGCUGAAUACAGCGUGGGCGUCAUCGGGUUCCAUCGCGCCAGUGAGAACUCUCCGACGGUUCUGCGUCUGCGGGGGUUUCCGAUGUUCAUGCACACCAACGUGGGGCUGCGUGACUGCUGCGUCAACCCGCGCUCGCCUCUCCUCUACGUCACCAAAGCUGAGCUGGACCGUGGCAUACUGCCGGGGGACGACUGGACCGUCUUCCUGUCCAACCAUUCCACCUACGAGCCGGUGCUGCUGGCUAAGCAGCGGCCCCUGGAGGGCGCGGGCUCUCGGGAGCCCCUGGGCUCGGCCCCUCUGUUGGCCACAGUGGUGCAGGACCUGGGGCUGUUUGACGGCGUCCAGCGCGUGCUAUUCGGCCACGGACUGAGCUACUGGCUUCACCGUCUGAUCCUGGUGGACGCCAUCUCUUACCUGACCGGCCGCAAGCUGUCCCGCUCCCUCGAGCGCUACAUCCUGGUGGACGUUGACGACAUCUUUGUGGGGAAGAAGGGAACGAGAAUGAAUGUCAAUGAUGUGAAGGCUCUGUUAGAGACUCAGCAGCUCCUGCGAGCUCAGAUAUCCAACUUCACCUUCAAUCUAGGAUUCUCUGGAAAAUUCUUCCACACAGGCACAAGAGAGGAGGAUGCUGGAGAUGACCUGCUGCUGAAGUACGUGGAUGAGUUCUGGUGGUUCCCCCACAUGUGGAGCCACAUGCAGCCUCAUCUCUUCCACAACGAGUCGUCUCUGCUGGAGCAGAUGAUCCUGAACAAGGAGUUUGCUUUGGAGCAUGGCAUCCCCACAGACAUGGGCUACGCAGUGGCUCCUCAUCACUCCGGGGUGUACCCAGUGCACCUGCAGCUCUACGAGUCCUGGAAGAAGGCCUGGGGCAUCAGAGUGACCAGCACCGAGGAGUACCCCCACCUCAAACCAGCACGCCACCGCAAGGGCUUCAUCCACAACAGCAUCAUGGUCCUUCCCCGUCAGACGUGUGGCUUGUUCACACACACCAUCUUCUAUAAGGAGUACCCAGGAGGCCCCAAAGAGCUGGACAAGAGCAUCAGAGGCGGAGAGCUGUUCCUCACCGUCCUGCUAAACCCAAUAAGCAUCUUCAUGACUCAUUUGUCCAACUACGGGAAUGAUCGUCUGGGUCUGUACACGUUUGCAAACCUGGCCACGUUCCUUCAGUGCUGGACCAACCUGCGGCUCCACACGCUGCCUCCACUGCAGCUCGCCCACAAGUACUUUCAGCUCUUCCCCGAGCAGAGACAUCCACUCUGGCAGAACCCUUGUGAUGACAAGAGGCACAAGGACAUCUGGUCUAAGGAGAAGACCUGUGACAGGUUGCCCAAGUUCCUGGUCAUUGGCCCUCAGAAGACAGGAACGACAGCACUGUACCUCUUCCUCAUAAUGCAUCCCUCCAUCACCUCUAACUUCCCUUCUGCCAAGACUUUUGAGGAGGUUCAGUUCUUCAACACCCACAACUACCACAAAGGCGUGGACUGGUACAUGGAGUUCUUCCCUGUUCCAUCUAACGUCAGUACGGACUUCCUGUUUGAGAAGAGUGCAAACUACUUCCCCUCAGAGGAGUCGCCCAAACGAGCUGCAGCCCUACUGCCCCGAGCCAAGAUCAUCACCCUCCUCAUCAACCCCUCCGACAGGGCCUACUCAUGGUACCAGCACCAGCGGGCUCAUGAGGACCACGCAGCCCUGCGCUACAGCUUCUUUGAGGUGAUCUCCACUGGACACCAGGCCCCUCCAGAGCUGCGCUCCCUCCAGAACCGCUGCCUCCUGCCCGGCCUCUACGCCAACCACAUGGACCGCUGGCUAACAUACUACCCAGCCAACCAGCUGAUGAUAAUUGAUGGGCAGCAGUUGAGGAAUGACCCUGCGGCUGUCAUGGAUGAGGUUCAGAAGUUCCUGGGAGUGUCGCCCCACUACAAUUACUCCCAGGUCCUCACGUUUGACCGGCAGAAGGGGUUCUGGUGCCAGCUGUUGGAAGGAGGGAAGACCAAGUGUCUUGGGAAGAGCAAAGGCAGGAAAUACCCCCCCAUGGACACAGAGUCUCGUGCGUUCCUGUCCCACUACUACCGGGACCAUAAUGUGGAGCUGUCCAAGCUGCUACACAGACUGGGCCAGCCACUGCCCUCAUGGCUCAGAGAGGAGCUGCAGAAAGUCAGAUAACCCCACCUGACAGAGACGGAGAGAAAGAGAGAGAGAGAGAGGCAUGGAAAAGAAGAGGAGAGAGAGAGUACAGAGUGAUUCCAGAGAGAUCCGUGAGCCUCCAGUACCUGUGUCCACCCAGCGGCCCCUGACAGGAGAAGCAGGCUCCUGGGCCAACAGGGUGGAGCGGGGCGCAGAGAUGGAGGACAGGGGAAGAAGGAGAGGACAGCAGGGAAGGACUGAUUAACAGCAUGAUGGAGUGAGUAUGGAGAGAGAGGAGGCAAAGAGCCAGCUGGAACCAGCCCAGCGAUGGGACUAUGGGCUGCUGAUUCCACGGUGACCAAUUUGCACUAAGUUUCAGUACUUGCCAGUGUGUAUGUGGCCAUGUAUGUACAUAGACACACACACACACACAUGAAAUUACGCAGGCACACAAACACACACAUUCAUUUGAGGACUCAGGGGGGUAUAGAUGGGCUUAGAUUUUUGUUUUAGAGUUUGACAUCUUUAAAAUGUGUUUCUUUUAUUUCAUUCAGUUUCUUAUGUUUACCUUGCAAAAGAAUGAUUCUGACAGUGACCACAAAGAGAAACUAUCCCUUGUGUUUACAUAGUUUUCUUUUGUUCACACACUUACAUUCAAACAUACACACAUUCACAUACACACACAACUGGGACCUUUCUUUUUGUUGAGUCUAGUGUGUGUGUGUUGGCUAUGGGGGAGGUGCUUAAAGGGGUCACUUUAGGACCAAACUAAACUCACAGGAGGAGGUGAUCAGAUGUCACUGCUGCUAAGGGAGGCCUGUCCCUCUCAUGACGUCUGAGCUCUCACCUCUCGCCCCUCUGCCAGUCGGAGUGGCACCGUAUCAGGAAUAUGCUGCAUGGGCACUGAGGCGGCGUCCGCCACCGCAGGAGCAUGUGGGUGAAACCAUCUGUUCGUCACUCCGGCUCCGCUCCCAGGGGGCUCGGCUCACACCGCGGACUAAUCCGGAGGCACGCCUGCGGGCACACCGCUCAGCUUUAGGCCUCAGAACACGCCACGCAGGCCUGACUGAGCCCUCAGAAACACAGAUACACCGCUGACCCAGUCACCUCCCUCAGACACCUCCCUCAGACACCUCCCUCAGUCACCUCCCUCAGUCACCUCCCUCAGACACCACUAAGUGGAUGUGUGUGUCUGAGUGUGCCCAUCUCCAGAUGUGACAGGGAUAGGUGGGAGAAACACACAGGCCAGUCUCCUGAGCUGAAACUUCAGUGACACUGAGAACCUGUGCAACACUGGAUUCUCCAUUUACUCACAGUGUGUGUGUGUUUGUGUGUGUGUGUGUGUGUGUGUGUGUGUGUGUGUUUGUGUGUGUGUGUGUGUGUGUGUGUCUGACUGUCUGUCUGUGUUAGUUGCCAGGUUAGCCUUAGCUUUGCUCACUAGGACUGUUGCUGUCAGACUCGCUGGGUUACGUGUCUCCUUCUGUUUAAAGAUGGCCUCAGUGACAGUGAGUGAGCUGUUCUGAACGACUGUAAAUAAAUAUAUGAAAAUAUAAGUCAAUAUUCAAUAAACUCAAACGAACCAUGUUUUAUUAAA